AUGGCGACGCCAGCAGGAGCUACAUCUGCCAAGUCCGGCGCAGCGAUGUUGUCCACGGAGCACGUUGUUGCUGCCUUCAACGAGCUCAGGCAACAGCAGAGAAUACUGGCAUCCAAAAUCUCAGAAAUUGAGAUGGACAUGAAAGAACACGAUCUUGUGAUCGAAGUUUUGAAAGGUGUUGAACCUACUCGCAAGUGCUACCGGAUGAUUGGCGGUGUUCUGGUUGAAAGGACAGUGGAUGCAGUACUGCCCGGCCUGAUAACCAACAGAGAGAAGAAAGAGGGUACAGCCUCAAAAACCAGCGAUCGACAGGCGAAUAUUUUAGCCAGUAUUUAG